AUGGACGACGCCUUCAUGACGAUGCUUAUGGCUUGCUGCGGGGAGACGCUCGCGGAGAGCACGACGAACCUCAACGGCAUCAUGCUCAAGGUGCGGCAGAACAAGCCCACCACAGUGCAGAUAUGGACGGCGAACUCCGACCAGCGGAAGCUCAAGGCAAUGGCCGUCAGCCUAAGGAACCUGCUAGAAAAAGUUAUUGGCGCAAAGCCGUUGCAGAAGCUGGAGUAUUUUUCCCACCAGCAGACGCAGGUUGGCGCGGCGGGUAGCUUGGCGGGGCGAAUGCGGGGGAAACCCAUAAGAAUAACACCGGACUUCACACUGUAG